AUGACCGCCAAGCAAGUGCAUCUCCAAUCCACGGCGCGUGCCAAUGCGAUACCCCAUCUCGUGAUAUCUCCCGCCAAGCGACAUAACAGGAAGGCCAGAAAGAACCAACAUUCCACGCCUCACGUGCCAGACCCUGAGGAUCAAAGGACUCGCCAAGGGAAUGCCAAUGCUGUUAUCUGGGGUAGUGCUUAUCGAGGGACUCUGUAUUCAGCAGGUGCUUUUGUCAGUGUCAACAGUAGCGCCUUGGUGUUGUGA